AUGCGGAGGAUCUUGAAGGGUCACUCCAGGAAAACCAUGGGACGAGGUGUUGACCAACUUGUCCUGCUUGAUUACAUGCUAUUCAUCGAAGAGCUGCUUCGAAACGCAUCUCGCAAGGCACGAGCCGACGGAGAAAAGAACAUUGCGGCCAAAAACAUCAGGAAAGUCACAAUGGUAUUUUUUCCUGCCCUGUACGUCCUGGGUCCAAUAUCACAAGCUGAGAAGCCAUGA